GUCCUCCUCCAUUCUUUGACAUUACCACCACAAGAUUCAGAUCCACCAUUAAUGGAAUUAACUGCAGUAUGUUGUGUUCUUGGAGUAGCAUCAAUCUCUAUGUUCUUUGUAUGGAGACUUUCAAAUUGGUUGUGGUUUGAACCGAAGAAGAAAGAAAAGCUUCUUAGAGACCAAGGCUUCAAGGGUAGUUCUUACAAAUUCAUGUACGGAGACUUAAAAGAUUUGGUGCACAUGACAAGUGAAGCCAAACUGAAACCGAUGAGUGUAACUCAUGAUAUCACUCCUCGUGUCUCACCAUUCAUGCAUAAAUCCUUUAGUACUUACGGUAAGAAUAUUUUUAUAUGGAUGGGGCCAACACCAAUGGUACAAAUAUAUGAGCCGUCAAUGAUAAGAGAGAUCCUCUCCGAUUAUUAUCAAUUUCAAAAGCCGAGAGGAGGAAAUCCAUUAACAAGGCUGCUAGUCACCGGAUUAGCUGACGUUAAUGCUGAUCAAUGGGUUAAACACAGAAAAAUAAUCAAUCCUGCCUUCCAUGUCGAAAAACUAAAGUAUAUGGUACCUGCAUUUUAUGUGAGUUGUUGUGAGAUGAUAAACAAGUGGGGUGAGAUGUUAACAAAUGAAGGCUUAUGUGAAGUGGAUGUGUGGCCUCAUAUUCAAACGUUAACAAGUGAUGUAAUUUCACGUACUGCAUUUGGUAGCAACUUUAAGGAAGGAAAAAAGAUAUUUGAACUACAAAGAGAACAAGCAAAGCUAGUUAUGAAGGCUGCACGAUCAUUUUACAUUCCAGGAUUAAGAUAUUUUCCAACUAAAAGAAACAAUAGCAUGAAAGAGAUUGACCGGGAGAUGAAGACAACAAUAAAGAGCAUUAUCGAUAAACGAGUUAUUGCAAUGAAAGCUGGAGAAUCUAGUAAGGAUGACCUUUUGGGCAUUCUUUUGGAUUCGAAUCAAAAAGAGAUUGAAAAACAUGGGAAUAGAAACUUUGGAUUAAGCAUUGAGGAAGUCAUCGAAGAAUGCAAAAUUUUUUACUUUGCAGGUCAAGAAACCACUGCAAACAUGCUUGUAUGGACUAUGAUUUUAUUGGGACAACAUACGGAUUGGCAGACACGUGCCAGAGAUGAAGUCCUACAUCUAUUUGGAAAAAGAAAACCGGAUGUUGAUGGGUUAAAUCAUCUAAAAAUUAUUAACAUGAUUUUUUGUGAGGUACUUAGACUAUAUCCUCCGGCUACAAUAAUAAGACGACUUAUAUAUAAAGAAACGAAAUUAGGAAACUUAACGUUACCAGCACAUACACUAGUUGAAAUAAACCCAUUGUUUUUACACCAUGAUAAUGACAUAUGGGGUGAUGAUGCAAAUGAUUUUAAGCCAGAGCGAUUUUCAGAAGGUGUGUCAAAAGUGAACAAGGGACAAGCAUCAUAUCUUCCAUUCGGAGGUGGACCACGUAUUUGUAUUGGACAAAAUUUUGCUAUGUUGGAAGCAAAAAUGGCGCUUGUAAUGGUGCUACAAUGCUUCUCUUUUGAGCUCUCUCCAUCAUACUCGCAUGCUCCACACAUUAUAAUCACUCUACAACCUCAAUUUGGGGCUCACUUGAUUCUACACAAAAUUUAGGCAAUUUGAUGUGUGUUUUCUUGUUCAUUAUGAAGUAUGUUAUGUUAAAUCUAUUGUUACUUGAGUUUACUCAAAAUUUAUAUAAUUUAUAUUCCUUUAUUUAA